UUCUUUCAGCUGCACUUUCUCAGAUGGUAGUUUUGGGAGAAGAUGGCUUGCUUGCUUUUUUUACAUGAAUUUUCUUGAUUGAUUUUGGCAUGAUCCUUACACCGAAUGUUUCUGGAUUGAUUGUUUCCCAAUUGAUUUCUAGGUCAACCGAUGCACGCUAUCAUAAUUAUUUGGAGGCACCAUCCUUGUUUUCAACAUCAAACUUUACUGGAAUUUACCGUAAACAGAGAAGAAACAUCAUCUGUUGCUGCCCCUGGUCCAGUCCUGAGCCGAAUAAGAAUGUACAGAUAGAGGGGGUAGCCCGAAACCGGAGGUGUGAGAAUCCUUUGUUGGAAGAAACUUCAGGUUUUGAUAGCGAGAAAGGUUAUAGAGGAAACAGAAACAGGUUUGGCAACAAGCUGAUAUUUUCCCUGCCCCCUUGCUUGCCCCAGAUGGAAUUUUCAUUUCCUUUCGACUUCGUCAGUAUACUUCUCUCCCUUUCCUUCUUCUCCUUGAUGAGCAAAGGAUGGAAGGAACUGAGCAGUCCAGGUAGGCAGACAAAGUUGCCUCCAGGGCCGCCCAAAUUACCGAUAAUUGGGCAUUUGCACCACAUCAUAAGCUCACUCCCGCAUCACUAUCCUCUACGAGAUUUAGCCGAGAAGUAUGGGCCAUUGAUGCAUCUCAAAUUUGGUGAGGUUAAUGCAAUCAUUGUAUCUUCGGCAGAUCUCGCAAAAGAGGUCCUGAAAACUCACGAUCUGUCUUGCGCUGACAGGCCUACGACCAUUGCUACAGAUAUACUGUGGUAUAGCUCCUCUGACAUCGUGUUUAGUUCGUACGGUGAUUAUUGGAGGCAGAUGCGGAGAGUCUGCAUAUUGGAACUCCUGAGUGGUAAAAGUGUUCGAUCAUUUGAGGACAUCAGGAGGGACGAGGCUUCGGUUCUUAUCGACGUCAUUAAGUCGACUCGUGGAGAAUCAUUCAACCUUACCGACAGAAUCUCCUGGUUCAUGAAUUCUAUGACGUGCAGAGCUGCGUUUGGCAAUGUUUUGGUCGACAAAGACGCAGCAAUUAAAUUGAUGAAGAAAGCGAUCGGUAAAGCCGGGCACUUCGAUUUGGCUGAUCUGUUCCCCUCGAUGAAAAUAUUCGGUUAUAUUAGUUGGAAUAAGUUUGCGAUGUUGAGGCUACGGAAGAAGCUAGACGGGAUACUCAAUGACAUACUCGAUAAACACCAACAGAAGCGUUCUCAGGCGAGAGACAGCAAUAGUGAGUCGGGUGCCGAGGAUUUAGUCGACGUUCUACUGAGAUUGAAGGAGAAUGGCGAGCUCGACAUCCCAAUAACCAACGAAAACAUAAAAUCGGUUAUUUUUGAUAUGUUUGCCGGUGGCACAGAAACUGCGUCGACAACUGUGGACUGGGUCAUGUCCGAGCUGAUGAAAAACCCUCGAGUAAUGGCGAAAGUGCAGGCUGAAAUAAGGCGCGCCUUCGACGGAAAGACAAUCGACGGGUCAGAAAUUCGCACGUUGAAGUACCUCAAAUUGGUUAUAUUCGAAACGCUGAGGCUACACCCUCCGGCCUCGAUCAUCCCACGAUUAUCCCGGGAAGAAUUCGAGAUCGACGGAUAUAAAAUUCCUACGAACACCAACGUGGUCGUCAACGUUUGGGCGAUAGGGAGAGAUCCGCGGCAUUGGAAGAAUCCGGAGAGCUUUGAGCCGGAGAGGUUCGAGUCGAAUGGUAUCGAUUUUCUUGGGAAUCAUUUCGAGUAUCUCCCGUUCGGGUCGGGUCGACGCAUAUGUCCCGGAAUGGCGUUUGGUGUAGCCAAUGUUGAGUAUGUUUUGGCUCAGCUCCUCUAUCACUUCGACUGGAAACUCCCCGACGGCAUCCUGCCUGAAGAUGUCGACAUGUCUGAAGUUGAUGGGUUGGUUGUGUCCAGAAAGAAUGGCCUUUGUUUGAUUGCAGAGUCAUAUAAUUUAUAAGGUGGAAUCAAAUUAGACUCUACCUUUGGGAAUAAUAUUAUUCAAAUGUUGAAAAUUA